UUCUGUCAAAAUUGACAGAUGUCGCUUUACCGGUAAGAAAUCGAGAUUCUCAAAAUAAAAUGGUUUUAUUAAGAAAGUUAACAGCUUUACAAUAUCCAAACCUAGAAAAUAUAAAUAUUCAAGAUGAAGGAGUGUAUAGAAAUAUUGUGGUAUGGUUAGAAGGUAAUAGGGUAAAAAAAUGUGAUCAAAGUUUAUCUGAUCAACUUGGUGAUACAACAUCUUCUAAUUGGAAUGAUUUUUAUUUAACUUAUUUAAAAUCGUUGAAUUGCCCUGAAAAUAUUAAUAAAGAAGCUCAAAUUGAUUGGUUAGCAGGAUAUACUAUAAAAAGUAGUUAUCAAAAAGAAAAAAAUAAAUUUAAUUCAAUUGAAUCCACAAAAAAAUCAACAACUCCAAAUGUUGUAACGGAUAAUCCAUUAGAUAAAUUAGAUUUUUCAUGUCAAGAAUUUUAUGAUGGUGUCACUAAUUUAGCGAAAGUUUUAAAAGUAACUCCACAUCCAGAUCAUUAUGUUACAUUAGAAGCAUGUCGAAAAGUAGUUGAAAGUCAUUUUAUUAAUGAGAAGAAUCCUGGUAAAGAUUGUGGUAACAAAGGUACCCCAUUUCCAUAUCACAAUACCGAUCUUGGUUUUGAUUUGGGUGAUGUUGGUUUAAACCAAGCAGCGAAAGUUUUAAGACUUAUCUACAUACAAGAUUUGCGCAACUUACAAACUAAAGGAAACGAAGUUAUUGUUUCUGUCCAAAACAUCACAGCUAAUCCAAAAACUGAUACUAAACUGGGAAAAGUUGGAAAAUAAUUUGAAAUAAUUAUGGAAAAUGAUUAAAAUUAAAUAAAAUUGUUCUUUUUAUUGUGCAUGUCGAAAUGGAGAGUAAUCGAACAUUUCACCUAUUCCUAAGGCGGUUGCUCCUAAAAAAAAAUUGUUUUUAUUUAUCUAUAUUUAUCAAUAAUACAUUAAUCUAUUACAUACCAGAUGCUAAUGAAUAAAAUGUAUACUUCGAAAA